ACGAUAUUAUAUUCCAUCGCCCUAGAAAGAGCCUCCUGUGAUCUUGGCAUCUGCUAGCUCCCCUUUUCCACGACUGCAUUCCACCAGAAAAUAGGGUGAACGGUUUUGCUUCUCUGCUCUUUCGUUUAAAACAAUCAGUAGAAGUCAAUUCCAGAAGGAAUACAAAACAUUACUGCAGUUCUACUGUAUUUACUGCUUUCAAGAGCUACUCUACUGUUCCUCAAAACAUCUUACCUCUCUUCUUUCGAGCCAUUCUGCCCUUUUUCCCUUUUCGUCUUCCAAUCAGUCAGUCAAUUAGCUCUUCUUUUUUCGUUCUUGUUUAUUUUUUUUUCUUGUAUCAAAAAGUUUCUUUAACGAUUGGAAAAAGUUCACUCAAACUCAAUCUGAUCGAAUUCAUCAGACCCUUUUCCAUAUCAAAUUUCAUCUUUUCGGGUUCUUAAACCGAUUAUAUCUUUUUUGUUUAUACCUCGCUUACAAAGAAAAAUAAAUCAAAAAACGCCGAUUUCCAAUUAUGGAUGUUCCACGACCCUCUCCCCAUAUGUUUGGCUCUAGUAGCUUUCAAUUACUACCUUAUCAGGUUCGCUCCCUACUCGGAAACACCUUUUCUUUUAUGCUAAAAGAAAGUACACACGAUUACCAUGAGGAUUCUCUUUUGUCCCAGGUCCAGUACAAGUACUUUUUGGUCGCUGGUCUUGUUUGUACAUAUCUCUACGUAAUUAGCCAAUGGCUCUCCAAUUCUUUUUUUGUAAAGCGUCCCGUACAUGCUGAAUUUUCUGGUCUACGACGUAUCCACGGACUUUGUCUUUGGAUGCUUUCUUUUCUCUUCUUAUGUUUGACCAUAUUCAUGUACGCUGAAGAGCGGUUCCCGACGAGAUUUACCUCUCAUAGUGUCAACCAUUGGUUGCUUGCUUUUUCUAUACAUUCUUUUCUUCUUCAUUCUUUACGUAUCCUUGCUCCCCGGGCCCGCCCUGUUUUAUAUCAUUCUUCCGUAUUGUUGAAUCUUUUCAUCCUUCCCGUGUUCUUUGAUUUUUACGUUUUUCCCUUUCUUCUAAUCCACCAUCCUCCCAUGUCCAUUUUCUCUCCGUUUUUGUGGACUUAUUUUGCGAUCGCCGUCGCCAUUAAUAUCAUUCCAUGGUUCACACCUCGUGUUUGGUAUCCCUUGUUCCCUGACGAGAACGAUCAACCCUCUGAAGAACAAACCUGCACUUACUUUAGCUAUAUUUGCAGCUAUCAUUGGUUGAACAGACUCAUCAAUAUCGCUACACGUCGUACUGUCGAGUUUGACGAUUCUCCUCAUCUGCCGGAUUACGAUAAAAACAAAGUUUGGUCCGAUAGGUAUGAAAGACUUAAACGUCCUUCUUUGUAUGUUACCAUGCAUCUCAUCUUUGCAUUUCAAAUGCUGGGUAUGGCCACCGCAAGCUUCUUCAUCAGUGCUACCCAAUUUAUUUCUCCUGUAGCCAUGAAUCGCUUCCUUAAAUAUUUGGAAAAUCCAAAGGCCGAUUAUUUGUCCCCCUAUGUGUGGAUUUUUUUGCUUUUAGUUGGUCCUUUUAUUAAUUCCAUGGCUUUCCAAUCUUACCUAUUUUUAUCCACUCGUUAUACCGUCCGUUCUUACUCGGUUCUUGUCUACCAAAUUUACAAAAAGGUGCUCGAUUUCCGUUUUGUUCAAAACAAGAAUGAGGAAUCAAAAGUAGGCCGCGUGAAUAACCUCAUAUCCACUGAUGCUAAUGAUAUCGGUGAGCUUCGAGAACUUAUCCACGUUGCCGUCAGAGCACCAUUUGAAAUCGGUAUUUCUGUUUAUUUGUUGCAAAAACUUUUAGGUUGGAGUGCUUAUGUCGGUCUAGUCCUUGCCGUCUUAACAACUUCCGUUCCCAUCUUGUUGGGUCCUUUCGUGGCCAAGCUUACUUUAAUGUCUAAUAAAGCCACCGAUUCCCGUAUCGAAUUGAUGUCGGAACUUCUUCAAAGUAUUCGUGUAACAAAAUUUUUUGGUUGGGAACGCCCAAUGCUUGAACGCGUCCAAGAAAAACGUCGUUACGAGAUUCAUCGAACAUGGAAAUUGCUUUUAAUGGAAAUUUUAAUUCAAGUUUUGGUUGAAUCCUUACCCUUCUUCAGCAUGUUUGUGACCUUUAUCAUUUUCACUACUUUAAUGUGUCAAAAGAUUACACCUUCCAUUGCGUUUACUUCAAUCUCACUAUUUAAUUUAGUCCGUAACCAGUUUGCAUGGAUUUCUCAUCUUUUGAGACAACUAGUGCAGAUUUUUGUUUCCAUUGGUAGGAUUUCUGACUUCUUGAAUGACCCCAAUGAAGUUGAUCCAGCUGUCUAUACUGAUUCAGAAAGUGAAGAUAUUGGUUUUGACAAUGCUACUUUUACCUGGCCCUCUAACCCUGUCGAUGGAGAUUUCCGCUUGCGUGACUUGAAUUUUAAAUUUCCAAAGAACCAGCUAUCAAUUGUCGUAGGACCUACUGGUUCUGGAAAAACUUCACUUAUCUCAGCUUUACUUGGUGAAUUAAGUCUUACCAGCGGCUCCUAUUCUUUGCCUCGUUCUAAGGGUGUAUCAUACGUGUCUCAAGUCGCUUGGCUACGCAAUGCUACUAUUAAAGAUAAUAUUUUGUUUAACUCUGUCUUUGACGAAACACGUUACAAGGAUGUUUUGAAAGCCUGCGGUUUGCAGAGCGAUCUGGAGAAUUUACCUGCCGGUGAUUUAACUGAAAUUGGUGAGAAGGGUGUUACUUUGUCUGGAGGUCAAAAACAACGUAUUGCACUUGCCCGUGCUGUCUAUGCACCUUCCUCUGUUAUUUUAAUCGAUGAUGUUAUGUCUGCUUUGGAUAUUCACACAUCGAACUGGAUUUUCCGUCAUCUUUUCCAAGGUCCUUUGAUGCAAAACCGUACUGUCAUUCUCGUUACGCAUAGUGUGAAUCUUUUCCUAGAUGCUGCUAGCUUUAUUGUUACCGUUAAGAAUGGAUCUGCCUUCCCUAUCAAGGAUAAGUCAUCACCCAUCUUGCAACUAGCUGAAGAAAUUGGUCAUCCAUCCGAGUCUGCUACUCAGUCGAAUAUGCCAAAUGCAGAGGCCCAACUUGAUUCCUCAGUAGAUGCUGAACAAAUAGCUCAAUCAGGUAAAUUAGUGGAAGAGGAAAAAAGAGCGACGGGAGACGUACCUAUGUCUACUAUUUUUGAAUAUUUCCGCCAAUUUGGCUCCGGAUCUUAUGUAUGCAUUAUUCUUUUAUUGCUAGUUGUUACUCAGACAUUGUCUAUUCUUAUUGACUUGUGGGUGGCAUUUUGGACCAACAAAUCCAUAGACUCUCCUGAUAUGAGUAAUACAAAGUUCUUGUUCGUAUAUGGAACAAUGCUUGUCCUUUACUGUGUACUUGACUAUCUGCGCACAUAUACGUAUGACAAGGGAUCUUUGAUUGCUGCAAAAAAUAUUCACAAUUCGAUGCUGGAGAAUGUAUUUGGCACCUAUGCUUCAUGGUUCAACAAGACUCCUACCGGAAGAAUUGUGAAUCGCUUUGCUAAAGAUAUACGCUCUUUGGAUCUUAAUCUGCCAUCUUGGCUUUUCUGGUCAAUCGAAUGUUUCCUUUCUAUUGUCGCUGGUUUAGUUUCUGUUUCUUCGGCUAUGCCUCUUUUCUUGGUUCCUGCUAUAAUCAUCUGUUCGCUUGGAUUUUACGUUGGAAUACUUUAUACUAAAGCCCAAGUUGGUAUUAAGCGAUUAAUCUCUGUCUAUAAUUCUCCAAUGUUUGGCCUACUUGGAGAGAGUAUUUCCGGACUUGCAGUAAUUCGUGCGUUUAACAUGCAAGGUAUAUUCAGAAGUGAAUUCUCCAAAAAGAUUGAUAACCUUAUGCGUCUUCAAACUGCUUCAUAUAAUUUGAAUAGAUGGGUCGCCAUUAGAACAGAUGGCAUUAGUGGAUUAGUUGGUGGUUUAGCUGGAUUGAUUGCUUUAAAGCAGAGCCAUCUUUCUCCUGGUCUUGUCGGAUUUUCACUAAACCAGUCUGUGAUGUUUAGUAUAACUGUCCUUUACUUUGUCCGUUCCUUCAAUAACCUCCAAGCUGAGAUGAACAGCUAUGAAAGAGUAAAGGAGUACACUCGAUUAGAGCAAGAACCUGCUCCUACAAAAGAGGGUGAAGUCCCCGUUUCAUGGCCUAAAGAGGGAGAUAUUAAAUUUGAAAAUGUAAGCGUAAGCUACACUCCAAAUGGUCCUAGUGUCAUUUCGAAUUUAAAUCUUCACAUCCAUCACGCUGAGAAGGUAGCAAUUGUCGGACGAACGGGCAGUGGUAAGAGUACCUUAGGACUUACUCUUUUACGAUUCACAAAUCGAGUCGGAGGAUCUUUACGUAUUAAUGAUUUGGAGAUUGAGGAUGUUAAUUUGAGUUCUUUACGUCAACGGAUUUCAUUCAUUCCUCAAGACCCAAUUUUGUUUUCCGGAACCGUUCGUAGCAACUUGGAUCCUUUUAAUGAACUUGAAGACUCUUUACUAAACGAGGCACUCCAAACGAGCGGAGCGAAUAAGAUGGCUAUUGCCUAUACAGAAGAUCAACAGCCAAUUCAUAUAAACUUAGAUACUCAGGUAUCAUCGGAAGGCUCAAAUUUCUCUCAAGGUCAAAAGCAAGUUUUAGCGCUCGCUAGAGCUAUUGUUCGACGCUCAAAAAUUAUUAUAUUAGACGAGUGUACAGCAUCCGUAGAUGAUACUACAGAUCAACAGAUCCAAAAAACUUUGCGCAGCGCAUUCGGUGAUGCGACUAUGUUAUGCAUUGCCCACCGUUUGAAGACUAUUGUUGAUUAUCAUAAAGUUAUGGUUAUGGACAAGGGUGAGCUUGUUGAAUAUGGACCACCUGGCGAAUUAUAUAAUAAGGGUGGUGUUUUCCGAAAAAUGUGUGAGCAAAGUGCAAUCAGCUUUUCAGAUUCUAAAUAGAUUGACUUUUUAGAAAGCCACAUGGACUUCUUGUUUAGUAUAUAGAUAUGUUUUAAUUUUUAUGUCUUGGCUUAUUUAUUGAAGUUUAAGUAGAUUGAGUAAGUAUUAGUUACAGAUUAAUACAGAUUAAGUUUAAUUUUUAC